GAGGACAGUGAGAACAUGAGUGAUCCAGAACCCUGUAGAAUGAAACACACUGAAGAACAAAGAGACCUGAUUGAAGUGAAGGAGGAGAGUGAAGAACUGAGUGAAGUGGAGGAACAUCAAGACAAACCUGGAGAAAAACCUUUGAGUCGCUCAAAGACUAAAAAGACAUUUCUAAAGAAAAGAAGAGCCAAGAAAUCUACAACCUGCACUCAGUGUGGAAAGAGUUUCUCAACCAAAUAUAAUCUUAAGGUUCACAUGAGAGUUCAUACAGGAGAGAAGCCGUUCACAUGUAAUCAGUGUGGAAAGAGUUUCUCAACCAAACAACAUCUUAAGGAUCACAUGAAAGUUCACACUGGAGAGAAGCCACGCACAUGUGAUCAAUGUGACAAAACAUUUCUUAGGUCAUCAGACCUGAAGAGACACCUGAGAGUUCAUACAAAGGAGAAGCCACAUUCAUGUUCUGUGUGUGGAAAGAGUUUUUCACAGCUGCAAUAUUUAAAUGAACAUCAGAAAACACACACUGGUGUGAGAGAGUACAUGUGCUUUGAGUGUGAGAAGACUUUUACUAUAGCAAACAGUUUAAAAAAGCACCAGAGAAUUCACACUGGAGAAAAACCUUACAAGUGUUCACACUGUGACAAGAGAUUCACUCAGCAAUCAUCUCUGAAAACACAUGAGAGGAUCCACACUGGAGAAAAACCUUACAAGUGUUCAUACUGUGACAACAGAUUCAGUCAGUUAGCACAUCUGAAAACACACGAGAGGAUCCACACUGGAGAAAAACCUUACAAGUGUUCACACUGCGAUAAGAGAUUCAAUAAGUCAUCAACUCUGAAAUCACAUGAGAGGAUCCACAGCAGAGAGAAGCCGCACACAUGUGAUCAGUGUGGAAAGAGUUUCUCUUUUAAAAGUCACCUGAAGAUACACAUGAGAAUUCAUACUGGAGAAAAGCCUUAUACCUGCCAACAGUGUGGAAAGAGUUUCAGACAUAAAGAAACCUUUAAAUACCACAUGAGAAUUCAUCACACGGGAGAGAAACCCGUCACCUGCCAACAAUGUGGACAGAGUUUCACACAUAAAGGAAGCCUUAAAGUCCACAUGAGAAUUCACACUGGAGAGAAACCCUUCACCUGCCAACAAUGUGGACAGAGUUUCACAAAUAAAGGAAGCCUUAAAGUCCACAUGAGAAUUCACACUGGAGAGAAGCCUUACACCUGCCAACAAUGUGGACAGAGUUUCAGUCAAAAAAUAAGCCUUAUAGCCCACAUGAGAAUUCACACUGGAGAGAAACCCUUCACCUGCCAACAGUGUGGAAAGAGUUUCAGUCAAAAAAUAAGCCUUAUAGCCCACAUGAGAAUUCACACUGGAGAGAAACCCUUCACCUGCCAACAGUGUGGAAAGAGUUUCAUUAGAAAUGAAAAUCUUAAAGUCCACAUGAGAAUUCACACUGGAGAAAAAACUUUCACCUGCCAACAAUGUGGAAAGAGUUUCACACAUGAAGAAAGCCUUAAAGUCCACAUGAGAAUUCACACUGGAGAAAAGCCAUAUAUCUGCAGACAAUGUGGACAGAGUUUCAGUUAUAAAAGAAGCCUUAUAAUCCACAUGAGAAUUCACACUGGAGAAAAUCCAUAUACUUGCCAACAAUGUGGAAAGAGUUUCACACAUGAAGAAAGUCUUAUAAUCCACAUGAGAAUUCACACUGGAGAGAAGCCUUACACCUGCCAACAAUGUGGAAAGAGUUACACACGUGAAGAAAACCUUACAGACCACAUGAGAAUUCACACUGGAGAAAAGCCAUAUAUCUGCCGACAAUGUGGAAAGAGUUUCAGUCGUAAAAGAAGCCUUAAAGUCCACAUGAGAACACACACUGGAGAAAAGCCUUACACCUGCCAACAGUGUGGAAAGAGUUUUGACCAACAUAGAAACCUUCAAGUCCACUUGAGAGUUCACACUAGAGAGAGCCCCUUCACUUGCCAACAGUGUGGAAAGAGUUUCACAUGUGAAGGACACCUUAAAGUCCACAUGAGAGUUCACACUGGAGAAAAGCCUUACACCUGCAAACAAUGUGGAAAGAGUUUUACUGUAAAAGGAAACCUUAGAGCCCACAUGAGAAUUCACACUGGAGAAAAGCCUCACACCUGCAAACAAUGUGGAAAGAGCUUCAGUCAAAAUGUAAGCCUUAAAAUUCACAUGAGAAUUCACACUGGAGAAAAGCCUCACACCUGCAAACAAUGUGGAAAGAGUUUCAGUCAAAAAGGAAGCCUUAAAAUCCACAUGCGAAUUCACACUAGAGAAAAGCCUCACACCUGUCAAGAGUGUGGAAAGAGUUUCACUGUAAAAGGAAGUCUUAUAAACCACAUGAGAACUCACACUAGAGAAAAGCCUUACACCUGUCAAGAGUGUGGACACAGUUUCAUUGCAAAAGGAAAUCUUAUAGUCCACAUGAGAAUUCACACUGGAGAGAGUUCAUUCACCUGUGAACAGUGUGGACAGAGUUUCACACAGAAAGGAAACCUUAAAGUCCACAUGAGAACUCACACUGGAGAAAAGCCUUACACCUGCACUCUGUGCGGGAAUGGCUUCACACAGGAACAAGGCCUUAGGAAACACAUGAAUAUUCACACUGGAGAGAAGCUAUUUACAUGUGAUCAGUGUGAAAAAAGUUUCAGAUUUACAGGUGACCUUAAGUGCCAUAUGAGGAUUCACUCGAAAGAGAACUCUUUUAGAAGUCGUCACUGUGGAAAGAGCAGAGGUGUAAAGAGUAUCUGAAAACCACACUUGAGUAAAAGUACAUAUACCUGACAGCAAAAAUGACUCCCAUUACAAGUUAAAAGGGACAUUCCAAUACAACUUGAGUAAAAAUCUUGGAGCAUCUGUUUUUUGAUCUUAAUUUUUUUUUCAUCUGUAUUUUACUCAUGUUAAAUGUAGGCUCAAAGACUAGUCCUCGACACCUGAGAGAAAUGCCAGUAAAAAUAAACAAUUGAUUUGAUUCAUGAGAAAUGUUUAUUUUCUAAAAUUAAAAUAAAACUGAACACCUCAACAUUGCAAUAAAUCAAGGUUGACACAACAGGCACGAUUCGUCAACAGAAAAUACGUGUCCUCUACCCUCUUGAUGGAGGUCAAUGCAACUAGGAGUACUUUCUUAAGGGUCUUUCUUAAAGAC